AUGGAGAUCAUCACCAAAGCUAUUACUGCAGCUAAGGAAUGGCAAUACGCUCAAACAUUGAGCCAUAACCCUCAAGCUAGUGAAGAUCAGACCCACUCCCCACAAACGCCUCCCCAAUCAGUGACCUGUUAUGUUGAUGCAGCUUGGCAGGCGAAUUCACGUUGUUGUGGCCUCGGCAUCCUGUUCCACCUUGAUGGGAUCAAAGCAGAGCACUCAGCUAAUCGAACACGUCUCCUCGGCUCUGGCAGGUGA